UAACAGCCCUGACGCAAGGCGAGCUGCAUAUCCUCAGCCGCCAAGACGGCCCAAGGACAAGCCAAAGUCCGAUUUUGACGUUAUGAAAAUGGUCAAGAAAAUCCAGACGGACCCAGACUUUGAGUUCAGUUACGUUAUUCCAGCUGUUGACAAAACUGCGCUGGAUUAUUCACCGUAUAACUUGAAGGAAGUGGAUUUCUCUGGAGUAAAGUCUCUCAAGGAAUACAUGACUUUCACUGCGCAGGGUGUGAUGAAGUACGGAAAGGACCCGCCUGAGUUUGAGCCGCUGGAGCAGUGGCGACGCGAGUACGACAUCUACGCGGCGAUGAUGCAGAAGGGCACGUUCCGACAGUACAGGCUGCGCAAGUGCUUCCACGCCUGGCACAGGCACACGAGACGGAUGCGCUUCGAGAAGUUGAAGGAAGAAAUGAGCCCACGGCUGUUCGGGAAUGAUGAGCUUCUCGGACACACUCUUCUCAGGCUGCGUGGAUACUGCUUUGAUAUCAGCCAGUUGCAGCUGAUCAAGCUCAAACCAGACCACACGUACAACCUGGAGGAAUUCCUAGAAGAGCAAAUCAAGCAGCUGAAGAAGGUGGAGGGUCGCCUGUCAGAGUUCAUGCAGUACGUGCGCAUUGCGGUGCGUGCCGCGUGCCAGGAGACACUGUGGAGGGACGGUUUCAUGGCCGACACUUACAUGGUGGAAGUCAAUGGGCAGUUUGCCCUUCUAAACUCCGAGGAUGCAACGGAGGUCUUGGCACGGAAAGAAGGCGGCAGAAACCCUGCUGCCGGCAUGACCGAUGGAAGCACGGCACCUGUCCAGAUUGAGCGUCCCAAAAUCCAGCGUGGCGAGCCUGAUGUGCCUGAAGGCGUUGACCCGAUCAAUGGUUCCCUUUUUCAGGAGAAGAAAAAGUAUCUGUGUGCCCGAUUGACAAGGUUCAUUCAACUGUGCGACACUCACAUUCUCACUACGAUGCACAAGUUGGUGUACAUAGCGAUCGAGGACCUUUUCACGACGCUAAACAGUUUGCUGUUGGAGCCAGGCACCACCUUACCUGAGCCCGCACCUGGUGUUAGCUUUGGUGGAGAUGGAGUGGAAGGAAAAGCUCCAGCCUUGCGUAGCCUCCUGUCCACAAGUUCUGCCGGUGGGCUCUCGAGGUCCUCAUCACAACUUUCGGGAAGCAAAACGAAUCUGGCUUCACCUUCGCGAAGUCGCUUGGGACCACCCGGCUCUGGUCGGAGUAGUCGUAACCAGGCCAAAGAGGAAGAGAAGGAGGAGGACAAGAAGACCCCUGUGUUUGUGACUGAGGUUCACUUGAGCGGGAACAACCUCGUAUUGAUUCCUAACUGCGAGCAGUUUGUACACUCGCUGUCUCAGGUCAUCGCUCAGAUGCGGUCCACGGUCAAGUGUGCAGAUCCCUUGGUAUCCAACCAGCAUUUCCAGGCAUUCACACAACCUCUUAUCGAUAAUUACCAGGAGAUUGACGAGCCACCUGCUGCACCGGACUUGCAGCGCAUGUUCACUGACGAUGCAGGCAUGAGUACCUUGGAAGAGUCGGUGUCAAGCUGCUUCCGAAGUGCCUUCAAAACCCUAGCUCGGUACAAGCAGAAGUUCACCCCGUUCCUCGAGUUCUAUCACUUCAAUCGGGGACGUGAUCUUGAAGGCGAACUGAAGGAGGAUGGACAAGAAAUCGAUUUCUUCCGUGAAUGCCUGAAGAGCUAUGAUCUGCAACAUAGGCAAGCGCUUGCCCUGGAGGAGCGAGUUCCAGUCGGCAUGAUGUGCGUAGACAGCUCACACAUGCGCGGUGCGAUCGUCCCGUCGCCGAAGAAAUGCCUCGACACUAUCCACUAUGUGAUGCCGCUGUUGGCACGGUCGCGUCUGAACGCCGUGGCCGACUUUACAGCCCGUGCCGCUACCUGGAUGGAAAUGAAGCCGUCCAGCACGACCGAGCUUGUUGAUUUCCUCACUUACCUGGAGAAGGUGGAGGGAGAUAUCGAGUCACAAGAGACCGAGGCACGAUUCAUCACGGCGCUGUACGACAUGAUUGAAGAGUUCAGCGUACCGGCAGACCCUGAGGAUGUUGCUGCGUACCAGACGAUGAGGCCCAAUCUGCUGUCGGUGCAUUCGGAUAUUGACAAAGCAAUCGCAGAGCGUGCCGCCACGACAAGCAAGCUGAGCAACAGUCUGGAUGCGGACAUUGCUGAGCUUGGCAAGGAGGUGGUGGAAGUCAAGAACCAAGUCCAGAACCCAAUGAUCUUGGACAUCACCGAGGACCAGCAGAAGGUCCAGAACUUCAUCAACGAGCUGAACCAGAGAACUGAGGCACUCAAUCAGAAGGCACAGUCCUUCAAGUCUCACCAGAAGAAGUUCCGACUGGAAGUGACACGCUAUGAGGAGCUGGAAGACCUUGUUGCAGAGGUGAAGCUCAAGCAGACCAUGUGGAAUGGCCUGGAUGACUGGGCCAAGAUGACCAAGGACUGGUUUCAGUGCGACUUCAAGGAUCUUGUUCCCGAUCAGGUGUCCAACACCACGACACGCUAUGCCAAGAUGGUCUUCCAGCUCGAGAAAGGCUUGCCACCAAACACAGUUGUGCCCAAGCUGAAACAGGCCGUUGAAGAUAUGAAGGACAAGGUAUCUGUCAUUGGUGAUCUCCGCAAUCCGUCUCUGAAAGGCCGGCAUUGGGAUGAAAUUGAAAGCAUUCUUGGUCAGAAGAUAGUUGGAAAGGACGUGGCUCCACUCACUCUCAAUCGCCUUGAAGAUCUCAACGCCUUUGAACAGACGGAGAGGAUACAGGAAGUGGCUGCCAAGGCGUCCAGUGAAGCUUCAUUGGAGGCCAUCCUCAAGAAGGUUGAAGAGUCCUGGAAGGAGAUGGACUUUCCCGUGCUGCCAUACCGCGAUGAGAAGGAGGUUUACAUCCUGGGUGGAAUUGACGACAUUCAAGUGCUGCUGGAUGACAGCAUUGUGAAUAUCUCCACCAUCGCCGGGUCACGGCACGUGGGUCCUAUCCGUGGUCGUGUUGAGGAGUGGCAGCGACAGCUGAACCUGAUGGCGGAUACGCUGGAGGAAUGGAUGACUUGUCAGCGUAACUGGCUCUACUUAGAGAGCAUCUUCUCUGCGCCGGACAUUCAACGUCAGCUUCCGUCGGAGGCGUCCAUGUUCCAACAGGUGGACAAGACUUGGAAAGAAGUGAUGAGGAAAACGCAGCGCAUUCCCCACGCCGUGCGGGCAGCCACCGCUCCUGGUUUGCAUGAGGGCCUGAAGGAAAGUAAUGAGCUUCUGGACAAAAUCCAGAAGUGUCUGGAGGAUUACCUGGAGUCGAAGCGUCUGCUAUUCCCCAGGUUCUAUUUCUUGUCUAACGAUGAGCUGCUGGAGAUUCUGUCGCAGACUCGCAACCCACUGGCCGUCCAGCCUCAUCUCAGGAAGUGUUUUGACGCUAUUCAGGCGUUGGAGUUUGGCACGCAGAUCAACGAUGAAACUGGCGAGACUGUGGCAUCGAAUGACAUCCUUGCCAUGAUCUCUCCUGAGCGGGAGAAGGUGGAGCUCACCAAGGGAUUGAAAGCGCGUGGCAACGUAGAGACAUGGUUGACCAACGUCGAGGACUCGAUGAGAGUCAGCUUGCGCAAGCUGACCAAGUUUGCCAUCGGCGAUUACGAGAGCAAGUUGCGUCACGAGUGGGUCACGCAGCACAGCAGUCAGGUUGUGCUGACAGUUUCACAGAUCAUGUGGUGCCGUGACCUGACUGAAUGCUUGAUGGCCGAAGACCACGAGGAUGUGCUUAAGAAUGUCAAGGAGGCCGAGCAGCGUUGCUUUCAGAAUCUGAACAAACUGGCAGGUCUGGUGCGUGGUGUGCUGCCCAAGCUUGUACGCAGUAUCCUGACUGCGCUGAUCACCAUUGACGUGCACGCACGCGACACCGUCACCAACAUGGUCAACGGCAAGGUGACUGGUGUAAAUGAUUUUGAGUGGGUGAAGAACCUGCGUUACUACUGGGACCUGGAGAUUGACAACUGCUGCGUGCGCAUGUCCAACUCCUACUACAUCUACGGUUAUGAGUAUCUGGGUGCCUCAGCUCGACUUGUCAUCACACCAUUGACGGAUCGUUGCUAUCUGUGUUUGAUGGGCGCUCUGCAAUUGGAUCUGGGUGGGGCGCCAGCUGGACCAGCCGGCACAGGAAAGACCGAGACCACCAAGGAUCUUGCCAAGGGCCUAGCCAAGCAGUGCGUGGUGUUCAACUGCUCUGAAGGUCUUGAUUUCAAGAUGAUGGGUCGAUUCUUCUCCGGACUGGCGCAAUCCGGUGCCUGGUGCUGCUUUGACGAGUUCAAUCGUAUCGACAUUGAAGUGCUGUCCGUCAUUGCCCAACAGCUUUUGACCAUCAGAAAUGCUAAAGCAGCAAAGGUGGCUCGGUUUGAGUUUGAAGGGCGCGAGAUCAAGCUGGAACCGACGUGCGCAUGUUUCAUCACCAUGAACCCUGGCUAUGCUGGGCGUACAGAGUUGCCCGACAAUCUGAAGGCACUGUUCAGACCCUUUGCAAUGAUGGUGCCGGAUUAUGGCCUCAUUGCGGAAGUCAUUCUCUAUUCAGAAGGUUUUGAGUCAUCCAAGAACCUUGCCCGCAAGAUGGUACAGAUGUACAAGUUGUGCAGCGAGCAGCUGUCUCAGCAAGAUCACUACGACUUUGGCAUGCGAGCAGUCAAGUCUGUGUUGGUCAUGGCUGGUCAGUUGAAGAGAGACAACCCUGACAUUCACGAAAACCUGACUCUGAUCAGAGCGUUGCGUGACAGCAACCUGCCAAAGUUUCUCUCCAACGAUGCCAUUCUCUUCCAGGCUAUCCUUCAAGAUCUUUUCCCUGGCGUAGUAUUGCCAGAGCAUGACUAUGGUACACUGCAGACAACCAUCGAGGAAGAGAUGGGCAAGGACCGGCUACAAGUGCUGCCAGCACUGGUCAAGAAGACCAUCCAGCUGUAUGAAACCAUGGUCGUACGGCACGGGGUCAUGCUGGUCGGACCCACCGGUGGUGGGAAGACAACAACCUACCAAAUUCUACAGCGUACGUUGACAUCGCUGCAUGCCCAGGGUGAAGAUAACUACUUCUACCAGAAGGUGCACACGUACGUGAUGAACCCCAAGGCAGUCACUAUGGGUGAGCUGUACGGAGAGGUGAACAAGGUCACCACUGAGUGGAGAGACGGUCUGAUGGCCACCAGUGUUCGCCACGCUGUCAAGGACGCCACGCAGGACCACAAGUGGAUCGUGUGCGACGGCCCGGUGGACGCGCUGUGGAUUGAAAACAUGAACACAGUGCUGGACGACAACAAGAUGUUGUGCUUGGCUAACAGCGAGCGCAUCAAGCUGGACAACACCAUACACAUGCUGUUUGAAGUGCAGGACUUGGCCGUCGCUUCGCCCGCCACCGUCAGUCGUUGUGGUAUGGUGUACAUUGAUCCAUGUGAGCUGUCGUGGGAACCCUACGUCAGGACAUGGAUGACAAAGUCGCUCGGGAAAGCACCACAGGAAACCAAGGACUAUCUAUGGCGUCUAUUUGAGACGUACGUGCCCAAGGGUUUCAAGUUUGUGCAAAGGAAAUGUACUCAAGCUAUGGCACAGGUUGAUAUCAGCAAGGCUGUGGCACUGUGCAAACUUCUGGAGAGCCACAUGCUUGACCGUGCCCUCAUGGACCUCUCAGAAGACACAACGAAGCUGCAUCCAUUGCUCUGCACACUGUUUGUUUUCUGCUACGUCUGGUGCAUCGGGGGAAAUCUCACAGACACGUGUUUCGAGAUGUUUGAUACGUUUGUCAGAGAUCUCUUUGCUGAGACACGCGACGUCCGAAUGCCCGGUGGUGGUGAUAUAUACAGCUACUUUGUAGACUUUGAGUCACGUCGCCUGGAAUCCUGGGAGAAGAUUGUCCCGGGCUUCACAUACGACCCAGAGCUACCCUACUUCGAUCUACUGGUCCCCACCAUUGACACCGUCCGCUUUGGCUAUCUGAUGGAGAAGAUGCUGAACGUCAACCACAGCGUUCUCUUCACUGGAACCACCGGUGUUGGAAAGUCUGUGAUAUCGAAAGGUGUGCUGGACGAUCUAGCGUCGCGUGGCUUUGUGCCAAUCACAUUCAACUUCUCUGCGCAGACCAGUAGCGGUCGCACACAAGAGAUGAUCGAGUCCAAGCUGGAGAAGAAGCGCAAGACCGUCCUAGGUGCACCCAAGGACAAGCGUAUUGUCUUUUUCAUCGAUGACUUGAACAUGCCAAAGCUAGACACCUACGGCAGUCAGCCUCCCAUUGAACUGCUUCGUCAGUACCAGGAUUUCCGAGGCUUUUACGACCGUGAAAAGCUAUUCUGGAAGGACAUACAGGACGUGGUGCUCAUUUCAGCUUGUGCACCGCCUGGAGGUGGCAGGAAUCCAGUCACGGCACGUCUCGUCCGCCACUUUGCCAUGCUCAGCAUCCCAUCACCCAAUGAAGUCAGCUUGAAGCAAAUCUUUAGGUCCAUUCUGAAUGGCUUCUUGGCAGACUUCCCGGCGCCAGUCAAGGAAUGUGCCGAUGCUAUGGUCAACGCCAGCGUGGAGAUUUUUGGUCGCAUGAGCGUGGAGCUCUUGCCCACUCCUGCUAAGUCUCACUAUGUCUUCAACCUGAGAGAUCUGUCCAAGUGCAUUCAAGGUAUCCUACAGGCCGACUCCGGCGUGAUUCGAGAGCGUGUGCAGAUCUUCCGCUUGUUCUGUCAUGAAGCCCAGCGUGUGUUCCAUGACCGUCUGAUCAAUGCCGAGGACAAGCUCUAUUUCAACACCAUGCUCUCUGAGAUGGCAUCAAAGCACUUUUCUAUUGAUCAUGCAGCGGAGAAGUUUGAGACGCAGCCUAUUAUCUUCGGAGACUUCUUGAAGGUCGGUGCGCCGGCUGCAGAUCGCCUAUACGAGGAUCUAAUCGACAUGAAAAAGCUGGAAACCGUUCUCAAUGAUUACCUGGACGACUUCAAUAUGAAUUCAUCAAAGGAAAUGAAGUUGGUGUUUUUCCUUGACGCCAUCGAGCACGUAUCAAGGAUUGCUAGAAUGGUGCGACAGCCGCGUGGAAAUGCUCUGCUAGUGGGAGUAGGUGGCACAGGCAAACAGAGUCUAACUCGGUUGGCAUGCCAUAUGGCUGGAUUCAAGUGUUUCCAGAUCGAGCUCUCUCGUGGCUACGGCUAUGCCGAAUUCCACGACGAUCUGAAGAAGCUCUAUGAUAUGGCGGGUGUGGCUGGUGCCAACACGGUCUUCCUCUUUGCAGAUACACAGAUUGUGGUUGAAGAGUUCUUGGAAGACAUCAACAACAUCCUCAACUCUGGAGAAGUUCCUAAUUUGUUUGAAGCUGAUGAGUACGAGAAGAUCAUCUCAAGUGUCCGACCUUUUGCUAAAGAGGCUGGCAUUGGCGAGCAGGACAGAGACGGCAUUUUCAAUCAUUUUAUCGGCCGGGUACGCAAUAACCUACACGUCGUGCUGUGCAUGUCGCCUGUUGGCGAUGCAUUCCGCGCACGUUGUCGCAUGUUCCCAUCUCUGGUCAAUUGCUGCACGAUAGACUGGUUCACGGAGUGGCCUAAGGAGGCUCUGCUUUCUGUGGCUACAACGUUCUUCGAGCAAGUUGACCUUGGCGACGAGCAGUUAAAACCAAAGAUCUGUGAGAUGUGCGUAGAGGUGCACACAAGUACUGUUGACAUGGCCGAGCGUUUCUUCAACGAGCUGCGCCGUCGCUACUACACAACACCAACCAGCUACCUGGAGCUGAUCAAUCUCUACUUGGACAUGCUGAAAGACAAGCGCAAGCAACUGGUAGCAGCACGUGACAGAGUAGCCAAUGGCCUGAAGAAGCUACUGGAAACCAAUGACCUGGUUUCCACAAUGAAGGUUGAGCUUACUGCUCUGGAGCCAGUCCUCAAGGAGAAAUCUGAGCAGACAGAGGUGCUUAUGGGCCGCCUGCAGGUGGAUCAAGGCAAGGCUGACGAAGUACGAAAGGUGGUGAUGGCAGAUGAAGCCGUGGCCAAGGAGAAGGCUGCCGAAACGGAGGCCAUCGCAAACGAUGCGCAGCGAGACCUGGAUGAGGCAUUGCCUGCACUUCAAGCUGCCAACAAGGCUUUGGACGCACUGGACAAGAGCGACAUUUCCGAAAUCCGUGUCUUCAACAAGCCACCAGAGAUGGUGGCCACUGUCUUGGAGGCUGUCAUGAUUCUGCUGCUCAAGAAGCCUGACUGGGCAACUGCCAAAUCUGCACUGGGUGAAGGUGGAUUCCUACAGUCCCUGAUUACCUUUGAUAAGGAUAACAUUGCCGAAGCUACAACUAAGAAGCUGAAGAAGUACAUUGACAAUCCCAAGUUUACGCCUGAAAUAGUGGCGAGAACAUCGCUGGCUUGCAAGUCACUGUGCAUGUGGGUGAGCGCCUGUGAUCUGUACAGCAAGGUCUACAGGACAGUGGAGCCGAAGCGGCAAAGGCUGAAAGGUGCCAAAGACGAACUGGAGAAAACCCAAACAGCGCUGCGUGAGAAGCAGGCAGCACUGGCAGAAGUAGAAGGGAAGAUUCAACACUUGCAGAACAUGUACGAGAAAUCCGUGAACGAGAAAGAGUCACUUGCGCACAACAUGGCGCAGACUUCUGCCCGCCUGACCCGAGCUGGAAAGCUGAUGUCCGCUCUCGGCGAUGAACAAGUGCGCUGGGAGGAGAGCGUGAAGAGCUUCCAGUCCGAGAUAGGCAAUGUGGUGGGCGAUGUGUUGGUGGCGGCUGCUUGCGUGGCGUACUACGGUGCCUUCACCAGUAACUAUCGUGCUGAGCUGGUGGCACGGUGGAUUGACCGCUGCCGAGAGCUAGGUAUCCCUGUUUCCGAUGACCUAUCGCUGAUCAAGAUUCUUGCUGACGCGUAUGAGAUUCGGCAAUGGAACACCGAUGGAUUGCCUCGUGAUACUGUAUCAACAGAGAAUGCUGUGUUGGUGACACGUGGCAGACGCUGGCCACUAAUGAUAGAUCCACAGGACCAGGCUAAUCGCUGGAUUCGACAGAAGGAGAGUGCGAAUGGCUUGAAAGUCAUCAAGCUCACUGAUCCCAACUACUUGAGAACACUGGAGAAUGCCAUUCGUAUUGGCAUGCCUGUGUUACUGGAAGAAGUGGGCGAGUCGCUUGACCCUUCUCUGGAACCUGUCUUGCUGCGGCAGACAUUCAUGCAAGGUGGGCGUCUAUUGAUUCGACUCGGCGACAGCGAUAUUGACUAUGACAAGAAUUUCAAGUUCUAUAUGACCACCAAGCUGUCUAAUCCGCACUACCUGCCCGAGGUGUGCAUCAAGGUCACCAUCAUCAACUUCACGGUCACCAAGUCUGGACUCGAAGAUCAGCUGCUCAGUGAUGUUGUACGACUGGAACGUCCAGACUUGGAAGCACAGCGUAACGAGCUCAUCACCAGUAUCAAUGCUGACAAAAACCAGCUGAAGUCCAUUGAAGACAAGAUACUCAGGUUACUUUUCAACUCUGAGGGAAACAUCUUGGACGACGAAGUUCUUAUAGAAACGCUCAACUCCUCUAAGGUGACGUCAUCUGAGAUCAGUCGACGUGUGGAGCAGGCAGAAGUGACGGAGGCGAAAAUCUCCACAGCCCGUGAGAGGUACCGACCAGUAGCAACCAGAGGCUCUCUGAUGUACUUUGUCGUGGCUAACCUAGCUGAGAUCGACCCCAUGUAUCAGUACUCACUCAAGUACUUCACACAGCUGUUCAAUACUUGCAUUGAGAGCAGCGAGAAGUCAACGGAUCUCAACAAGCGUCUUCAGAUAUUACUGGACAGCACAACUCGUCUUGUCUACACCAACGUGUCCAGAGGUCUGUUUGAAGUUCACAAGCUAGUGUUCUCCUUCAUGUUGUGCGUGGAUGUGCUGAGGCAAGGCGGUGUGGUGCUAGAGGACGAAUGGAACUUCUUCUUGCGUGGCAGUGCCGGUGUGGACAAGGAGCGUGCAGCCAAACCCGACAUACCAUGGCUGAAUGAGACACUGUGGAAUGCCUGCUGUGACUUAGAGGCAACUCUGCCUUGUUUCGAGGGUCUGUGCCAGGAUCUGGGCACAGUGCCUGUAUUUAUCCAGUAUCAAGAUAUCAAGGUUCAUGCCAACCCGGAGAACUGGGAUGGAUACACAGACACUGCUUCUGAACAGCAGCAGCAGCAGCAGCAACCUGAAUCUGAGACAGCUGAGGGUUCAGAAGAGGAUGGCAAGGAAAAGAAGGCCAGGGUGCCAGGAAAUUGGGACUCAAAACUCUCCGAAUUCCAGAAGCUGAUCUUCAUCAAGGUUGUCAAGGAGGAGCGGGUCGUGCCAGCAGCCACACUAUUCGUAUCACGGAAUCUUGGAAAGACGUUUGUGGAGAGUCCACCGGUUGGCAUGGCAACUCUCUACGAGGACAUGUCCCCGACGACACCCCUUGUGUUCAUUUUGUCGACCGGGUCUGACCCAAUGGGAAAUUUCCAGCGCUUUGCCAAAGAGAAGGGAUACAUGCAACGAUUCCAUGCAAUUUCUCUUGGUCAGGGUCAGGGGCCGGUUGCAGCCAAGUUGAUCGCCACUGCUACCAAGAGUGGUGACUGGGUAUUCUUGCAGAACUGUCACUUGGCCGCAUCAUGGAUGUUGGCCAUGGAGAAUCUGAUCAAAGAUUUCUCGGCGCCCGGCAAGGAGAUUCACGAGGACUUCCGCCUCUACCUCAGCUCCAUGCCAGCCAAGUCGUUUCCUGUCAGCGUCUUGCAGAAUUCGGUCAAGGUCACCAAUGAACCACCGAAAGGUUUGAGAGCCAACCUUCGCCGAGCCUUCGCAGAAUUGUCACCAGAGUCGUUUGAAGAGCACAUUCUGAAUCAGACAUGGAGGACGCUCGUUUUUGGUCUUUGCUUCAUGCACGCCGUUAUUCUAGAGCGCAAGAAGUUUGGCCCACUGGGCUGGAACAUUCGUUAUGAGUUCAGCGACUCGGAUCGUGAAAGCGCACUCGACAACUUGAAGAUGUUCCUAGCCGAGGGGGAAAUCCCCUGGGAUGCUCUGACGUUCAUCACGGCUGAGAUUACUUACGGUGGUCGCGUGACCGAUUCCUGGGAUACGCGCUGUUUGAGGACGCUGCUAAAGAGCUUCUUCUCCCCGUUGACUCUGAACAAAGGUUACACAUACUCUCCGUCAGGUGCCUACUACUCCCCGACUGGUGACAAAAUGAAGCCCUACAUUGAUUACAUCGAGUCUCUGCCAUUCAACGACGAUCCGGAAGUUUUCGGCAUGCAUGAAAACGCCAACAUCACGUUCCAGAUUCAAGAAACGACAUCGUUGGUCGGCACUAUUCUUGACGUUCAGCCACGACUCGGUGGAGGCGGUGGAGGCAAGACCAGCGAUGAAGUGGUGUUUGAACUGGCUGACAGUGUGCUGGGACGUCUUCCAGAUUCACUGAACCUUGAAGAGGCUGAUGAAAGUAUGUUCAAGCCGGACUCGGAAGGUCGUGUCAACAGUCUCACAACUGUGUUACAGCAAGAAGUCGAUCGCUUCAAUAGGCUACUCAAAGUCAUCAAGAACUCUAUGCACACCAUCAAGAAAGCAAUCAAGGGACUGGUAGUCAUGUCGCUGGAAUUGGAAGCAGUCUACACCAGCUUCCUAAACAGCCAGGUUCCAACGCUGUGGGCAACGGCUGCAUAUCCAUCCAUGAAAACACUGGGAUCCUGGAUCAAGGACUUAGUGCUCAGAGUUCAUUUUGUUGAUCACUGGAUUCACAAUGGCCUGCCUAGGUCCUACUGGCUAUCUGGAUUCUUUUUCCCACAAGGUUUCCUCACCGGCACUCUUCAGAACCACGCCCGUAAGUUUAACCUGCCCAUCGAUGAGCUCUCAUUCCGCUGGUCUCCAGUGCCCGUUUAUCGCAAGCAGGAGGACUUCUACAAUCAAGCGUCGGCUGCCAUUGGCGGAAAAACCAUACCAAUGGACGAAGAGUUGGCCAAGGUGGACGAUGGUGUGCUUGUUCACGGUCUCUUCAUGGAUGCAUCGCGUUGGAAUGAUGACACUGCAGUCCUGGCCGAUGCCCUGCCCGGUGAAAUGAACCCGCCAUUGCCAGUACUCCACAUGCUACCUAGUCAGAACUACGUACCGGAGGACACUCUGUACAAGUGCCCACUGUACAAAACUGCAGCUCGUGCCGGUGUAUUGUCGACUACGGGUCACUCGACAAAUUUUGUGGUGGCCGUGUACGUACCGUCGGACAAGCCCCAGGAUUAUUGGAUUGCCAAGGGUACAGCUCUGCUCUGCCAGGUGUCUGAUUAGGUCAUGGUGUACGUGUGUGUACACCGUGUGUGCAGCACCCGUACGCAUGUGCCAGUCUGCUCUGGACUUUGUCGUGCAUUGUCACAGUAGCUGUGCGGCGGGAGUCUCGUCUGCAGUCCCUGCGCACGUACAUCGACCAGCCCCGAUGUCUCUAGUGCAAGCGCGGUGACUGGUCUGGUCUUUCCUCCAUUCCGUGUCAGAACCCCUGGCCGGCUACGUGAUCACUUUCUGUUUUAUUUCGUAUUGAUUGCAUUGUCUUGCUCGACAUUGAAUACAACAGGUUUGGCCCUUGAAAUAAUUGUUGUUGGACCGUUUGAGCAAUACUCAGAGCAUAGUGGUCUGAGAGUCAUCAUUGUAAUCUGUUGCUAAUUCUGAAUUUCUUCUUUCCAUUCUCUGUGUUCAUGCGAUUGAAUUGUUUUGCACAUACCAUACUUCUUUGGCCAUAUGUGUGGCCGUUUACCGUGAAUGUGCUCCGUGCCCCCCCCCCCCCCCCCCCCCCCAUAUUCACUUGUUUUGCUAGUUCAUUCUUCUAUUCGCAAGGGAAACCUGGGCUGUCUUGCUCGGUGUCUUUACUGUCCAAAGAUGAAUGCACAUUUUGUUUCCUCAUACCGACUGCAAUGUAUACCGUGUUCACUACAAGCACUUGUAAUUUUUUUCUCUACCUAAACCUGAGCUUUCGUUGAAGAUUGUGCUUUUGUCUCAUCACAUUGCCCCGUUUUGGGUGUUAUUUUGUAUGUGUUCACUGUUUAGUACGAACGCUGUGCAGUACA